AUAUUUCCUCGACCGCUACUUUCGCUUCCUAUUAAUUCCCUCCCUUUCUCCUCAAUUGACCUCUUUCUUCCCCCUCUCUCCUUUCAAGUUUGCGUGUCUCUACAUACUUUACCCUGAACGUGGUCACAAAGUUUCCCAAAUGUCACCAAUCGCACUUGAGCAAGAAGACCACGCCCGCGAUGCAGCCUUCAACAGGGCCAUGCAUGGCAAAUCAUCUCAGGCCCAAGGAGGCAUGGCCGCCAUGCUGAGGAAGGACAGGGCUGCCCAGCAGGCUGCUGUGGAUGAGUAUUUUAAGCACUGGGAUAACAAAGCUGCUGGAGAGGAAACUGAGGAAACUCGGAAGGCUCGUCGAGACGAAUAUGCAACUUUAACGAGGCAUUACUACAAUCUUGCUACCGAUCUAUACGAGUAUGGCUGGGGCCAGAGCUUCCACUUCUGCCGUUUUGCUUAUGGUGAACCUUUCUACCAAGCAAUUGCCCGUCAUGAGCAUUAUCUUGCGCACAUGAUGGGUCUCCGGGACGACAUGCGCGUCCUGGACGUCGGAUGUGGUGUUGGGGGACCUGCACGAGAAAUGGUCAAGUUCUCGGGUGCCAAUGUUAUUGGAUUGAACAACAACGACUACCAAAUUGAGCGUGCCACACGAUACGCACAGAAAGAGGGCCUAUCACAUAAAUUGAAGUUCACUAAGGGAGAUUUCAUGCAAAUGUCCUUCCCUGACAACUCCUUCGACGCUGUCUAUGCUAUCGAAGCAACCGUUCACGCACCUUCGCUUGAGGGAAUUUACAGUCAAAUUUUCCGUGUUCUCAAGCCUGGUGGUGUCUUUGGUGUUUAUGAGUGGCUCAUGACCGACAGCUAUGACAACGAGAACCCUCAUCACAGAGAAAUCCGGCUUGGAAUCGAGCAGGGCGAUGGUAUUUCCAAUAUGGAGAAGGUCGAGGUGGCCCUUGCCGCCAUGAAGGCCGCCGGCUUCGAAAUGAUUCACCACGAGGAUCUGGCUGAGAGGGAUGAUCCCAUGCCGUGGUAUUGGCCGCUUGCUGGUGACCUGAGGAAUAUCGGCAGCAUCUACGACAUUCCUACCGUCAUUCGCAUGACUAAGAUUGGUCGUGCUCUCGUACACAAGUUCGUCGGUGCCUUGGAACUAAUCGGCGUGGCGCCCAAGGGAACUCAAAAGACCGCAGACAGUCUGGCUGUUGCAGCAGAUUGCCUUGUGGCAGGUGGUCGCGAGAAGUUGUUCACCCCAAUGUACCUGAUGGUGGGACGGAAGCCUAUGAACGCAUAGUUGGUCUUGUCCCGCAACUUUUUUGGUUUUCAUUUCUCUUCACUUCGAUAGACUGCUACAUGCAUGACGGCCUUCCGUCCUGAGUUGAGUUCUAGGGACGUCUUUUAUGGGGAGCAUUCAGUUCCGGCCAUGGUGGAGCUCCGCCUAUUAGAACUUGGGCAUUUACGACAUUUUGGGCUGACACGGUGUCAGAAGAAGUAAUACCCUGGUGUUGCGAGCAGCACGAAAAGGGGCAAUGUCAUGAUGAUUACAAGGGGUUUGGGAGCGGAACAUACACAUAAUAAUUCGACCUCGAUACAAUGAGGAGAUCCCUAUAAGUUUAAUGAUAUUGUUUAGAAUUC